AUGCUGCAGCUCUUCAAAAACCAGGUGGUCACUUCAGUGGCAAAACAACAGGUGGAAAUCAGACAGCUGGAGCUGGAUUGGUAUACCAACAAUUACUGGACCCUUUCGCAGCAAGCGGCUCUCCUCGCCGGUUUUGCAUUUUCCCAGAUUACCACGGCCCUGCCCAGCGAUGUGUCUUUCGGCCUCGAAGCGAGCUACUUGCUGCUUGCUGCCCUCUCCUUAGGCAUGCAACUCUGCGUAAUUGUGACUACAACUUUCUGUUGCAUGUGGGGGCCCGGUCUUGCUCUGAGGGGCCCCGACGGCGUGCGCUCGGUCAACUCUGCGGUGGAGAGUCUCAAGGCGGAGCAGGGCACUGUGUUUGGCUUGUUCGUAGCGGGUCUGAGCUGCUUUUUCGCUUCCAACAUUCUGCUCCUCUGGUGCUACUUUGAGGAGUCCGUGGCUUUCGUAUCAAGUCUCUUUCUGGGGGGCUUUGUAGUGGUGAUCGCGUAUUACACCCUGUCUCUGACCCUCCAGCUUCGGGUUGCUGAGGCGGAGGCCGUAGAAGGCAAUAUCGACGCUCUCAAAGCAUACGAAAACAUUGCGGAUCUCGAUGCGUGCUACGCAUCAGCGCACUUCAAGCUAGCAGAGCCUCACCAGCAAACGGCAGAGGCGGCUGCUCCGAGCGCCCUUGGAGGAACCUCCUUCAGGCCACUGCAAACGCAAGGACCGCAGGAGAGUUGGCAGGAUGGCCCAGGAGUGCCGAGCGUCACCACGGAGGCAACACCUCAGGGCUUCUUGGGAACAAUGCUAGAGCUCUUCGACUGGGACUGA